CUUCGCUUAAUUCUUCUUGAAGCUAGCUAAGAAAAGAGAAAAAUCAUAUUAUCAAUAUUAUUAUAAAAUUAUAUUAUUACUCUGCAUUAGCAUUGUUACUAUUAUUAUUAAUAAUUAUAUUUCUCCGCAUUAGUCAGGAUCAUUAUUAUAUAUUAUUAUUACAAAAAAUAAAAUGACAAAAGUUAUGGUAAUUUCUUGUGUUUUGGUAGUGUAUUCCUUGUUUUUCUUGGGAAAUGUGUUCGAAGGUGUUGAUGGUCGUGGAGCUAAUCGUUGGUUAAAUGGUCAUGCUACUUUCUAUGGAGCUAACCAAAGUCCGGCCACUCUUGGAGGAGCUUGUGGGUACGACAACACCAUCCACGCAGGAUUUGGAAUCCACACAACAGCAUUGAGUGGUGUGUUGUUUAAAAGUGGACAGGCGUGUGGCGCGUGUUAUCAAGUAAUGUGUGACUACAAGGCCGACCCAAAGUGGUGCCUUCGAGGGAAAAUGGUCACCGUCACCGCCACCAAUUUCUGCCCUCCGAACAACCAAGGCGGGUGGUGUGACUCACCUCGCCAACACUUUGAUAUGGCAAUGCCUUCUUUCCUUCGUAUUGCUAGACAAGCCAAUGAGGGCAUUAUCCCCAUCGUUUUCAAAAGGGUAUCAUGCCAUAGGCGAGGCGGUGUCCGAUUCACAAUGAGAGGGCAAGGAAAUUUCAACAUGGUGAUGAUCUCCAAUGUUGGUGGUAGUGGUGAUGUGAAAGCUACUUGGGUGAGAAGCUCCAAGGCAAAGAGAUGGGUGCCUAUGUCAAGAAAUUGGGGUGUCAAUUGGCAAAGCAGAACAGACCUAAGGAACCAAAAACUCUCUUUUAAACUCACUUUGGUUGAUGGCAAAACUAUGACUUUCAACAAUGUUGUGCCUUCCUUUUGGAAUUAUGGCCAAACUUUUAGUGCAAAAAAUCAGUUCACCCACUAAUUACAAUAAUAUUGAUUAAUUAAUUAUUAAAAGAUUAUACCAAACUUAUUAUUGAUUAAUUUUAAUGUAUAGUCCUUUGAACAAUCUUUUUAGUGCAAGUUCAAUGGACUAAUUGUAUACCUCUCCUUGUUAUAAAAAAAAAAAAACAAAUUGUAUACCUCUCCUAAUGAUAUUGUUGUUGUUUUUUGGUUUACAGUUUGAUCUCGUGUAUUCUUUUUAUUUGUAAGAGCAUACCUUUAGUGAGCUCUUACAAAUAAAAUUAGCCUUUGGCGGCUUAAUUAUUAGGAUACCUAAGAGUAUACUCGUAAUGUAAUAUGGUUAUUGGCUCUAAUAUAUGCGUACAUUAUACAAUUGUGAGCAUACCUUUAGUUAGGUAUCAAUUAUAGUGUGAUGUGAAUUUUUUAUGUAAACUUAUGUUGUUAAUCUUGUUAUAACGGAAUCUAAUGAUUUACAA